UAGUAAUCCUGAUCCUCGGAACUAUAUAUCAAAGUCUCUCUGCCUCUAACAAUUAGGGUUUCUUGGUUGGGCCAAUUCAGACAAUUAUCUCUCACUUCAGAGAACCAUAACGCCACCAUGGUCGCUGCCAAGAAAACAAAGAAAACCCACGAGAGUAUUAACAACAGGCUCGCUCUUGUGAUGAAGAGUGGGAAAUAUACUUUGGGUUAUAAGACGGUUCUCAAAUCCCUCAGGAGCUCCAAAGGGAAACUGAUUAUCAUUGCCAACAAUUGCCCACCAUUGAGGAAGUCUGAGAUAGAGUAUUAUGCCAUGUUGGCGAAGGUUGGAGUUCAUCAUUAUAAUGGAAACAAUGUGGAUUUGGGCACUGCAUGUGGCAAAUAUUACAGGGUGUGCUGCCUCAGCAUUAUUGAUCCUGGUGAUUCGGAUAUCAUCAAGACAAUGCCUAGCGAGCAGUAGAGUUCUAUUAAGUUUUUUUUGGUACUUGUAAAAGUUUGAUUGUUUGAUAUUUGCUGAUUUGUGUUGUUUCAGACAUCUUCAAAAGAAAAUUUAAUGUAGGCUUAAACUAUCUGGUAGAACUGCGUUAUCAAGUCUUUUUAUGCAAUUUUGUUUUCUUAAAAGUGGUUUGAUGGAGCCAUAUUUUUUACAAUUCCAUUGUGUUAUCAAUUUUUGCAUCAAUUUUUGCUUAACAUUGUUUGACCUCGAAUACCUAAAAAACAUCAGUGUUUACGU